AAGCCCCACCCAGUACUCAAGCCCCAUCCAUUUUGUAAACUUGUCUUUCUUUCAGUCUGUGUUCUGUUGGUCCAUGAUGCAUGGAGAUACUGAAGGAACAUCCAGUGGUAUUAAGAUAUUUGGAAACAUAUUCAUAUCAUUCAUUGGAGCGGGUAUACUGGGACUACCCUAUGCUUUUAUGGAAGCUGGUCUAAUUGAAGGUGUUAUAGUGAUGUCAUUGGUUGGUGUGAUAAGUGUGAAGGCAAUGCUCCUCUUGAUCGACUGUAAAGAUAAGAUACUAAAAGAAUCGCGAGUGUUAAUAAUUAAAAAUGGCCGACAGGAACAGGAUGAACUCCCCCCACCAGCUAAAGUUGGCAUAACUCACAUUGACUAUGGAGAACUAGGUUUUGCUGCUUACGGUUCAGCUGGUAAAGUUGUCGUUGACUUUUCAAUUAUUGUAUCACAAAUUGGAUUCAAUUGUGCUUACCUCAUAUUUAUUUCAGAGAAUUUCUACAGCAUCUUCCCUCGUAUACCAAAGUUAAUUUAUUUAUUUUUAUUAUUAGUUCCGUUGUGUUUCUUGUGUAAUCUCAGACACUUGGCAGCUCUAGCACCUUUCAGCUUGUUUGCUGAUUUUGCUAACGUCUUUGCUUACAGCAUAGUCUUCUACUUUGACUUGAGGCAUUUGCAUCUUGUCCAUUCACAUGUAAGGUCAAUUUCACUUGAUGGUCUGCCAUUUUUUUUGGGCGUGGCUAUUUAUUGCUAUGAGGGGGCGGGUAUGGUCCUGUCAUUGGAGCAGUCAGUUAUUAAAGAUUAUAGAAAUACUUUCAGAAGCAUAUUCAAGCUCGUUCUAUUUUUAGUAACACUAUUGUACAUAGUAUUUGGUGUAAUGGGGUACCUGUCAUUUGGUCCUUAUACUCAGAGUAUUAUAACACUAAACCUUCCACCUGGUCCAUUUCCUCUGAUUGUGAAGUCUUGUCUAUGUCUCUCUCUAUUCUUCACUUAUCCAAUGAUGAUGUUUCCUGUAUCUGAGAUACUAGAGAAAAGGAUCAGUUGUGUCUCAUUCUCUCCCUCACACUUCACUGGCUACCUCUCUGGGUGUAUCCUGAGGAUUCUAUUGGUUCUAGUAACUGGGAUCAUUGUGCUGCUUAUCCCUAAUUUCUCCAUUUUGAUGGCUCUGGUUGGCUCAUCUUGUUGUACUCUCCUUGCCUUCAUUCUUCCUGCUGUCUUUCAUGUUAAACUAUUUGGAAAGAACAUUGCUCGAUUUCAAUUUUUCUUUGAUAUAUUACUGAUAUUAAUUGGAUUGAUAGGGGCAGUAAUUGGAACCCAGGACGCUUUGUCUAGAUUGUUUAGUGACAAAACAACUAGUUUACACACAAUUAAUAACACCAUUAUCAAUUAAUAUAAUCUUAAUUAUUUUUAUUAUUAAAUGUGUAAACUGAUACUACAGAACAACAACAAUAAUAAACAGAGUAUUUAUAGUUCAUGAAAA